AAAUAUUUCAGCAGCCGCACAUUUACUCCUCCUCUUUUUUCCUCUUUUCAUUCUUCGUCACAUUUCCCUCACUACCACAACCCACGCCCGCACGCAUCCAUCGGCAACGCUUUUUCUUUUAUCUCUCCCCAUCUUCCUCUCUGCUGAACCGCGCCGGCACCCGUCCCUUGUUUUGCUUCAGCCGCACCGCAUUCUUUUACAACACUAAUAAUCGAGGUUCUGUUUACACUCGAAUUCCAUGACCCCGAUCUCUCAGUCGAUCAUAGUUUGCACGGAACCAUGGCGGACGAAGUUCAGAAUGAUGUGAAUGAUCAGGUGGCAGAUAUUGCCCCCUUUGAUCCAACUAAGAAGAAGAAGAAGAAGAAGGUUGUACUUCAGGAUCCGACUGAUGAGAUUGUUGACAAGUUAGCAGAGAAAACUGAAAGUUUGUCAGUUUCUGAUGGUUUGGAGACUACCACAUUUUCUGGACUUAAAAAGAAGAAGAAAAAACCAGUAGAGGCUAGCUCCUUGAAUGACGAUGGUGCAGAUGGUACGGAGGAUUUGGAAGAUCAAGUGGGGGAAAAUGAAGACCGUGAGGGAAUUGUUCUGCAGUAUCGUUACCCUUGGGAGGGAAGUGACCGCGAUUAUGAAUAUGAGGAGCUUCUUGGACGGGUAUUCAACAUCCUUAGAGAGAAUAAUCCAGAGCUUGCAGGCGAUAGGCGUAGAACAGUUAUGAGGCCUCCUCAAGUUCUUCGUGAAGGCACAAAGAAAACUGUUUUUGUCAAUUUCAUGGAUCUAUGUAAAACGAUGCAUCGGCAGCCAGACCAUGUUAUGGCUUUCUUACUAGCUGAACUGGGAACCAGCGGCUCUCUUGAUGGACAGCAGAGAUUAGUUGUUAAAGGAAGGUUUGCACCAAAGAACUUUGAGGGAAUUCUGCGUCGAUAUGUCAAUGAAUAUGUGAUUUGCAUUGGGUGCAAGAGUCCAGACACUAUUCUUUCAAAGGAGAACCGGCUUUUCUUUCUCAGAUGUGAGAAGUGUGGUUCUGGACGAUCAGUUGCUCCAAUUAAAGCUGGCUUCGUUGCUCGUGUUGGCCGGAGGAACACUGGGACAUGAUUUGUAUUUGUUCCUUUAUAUUGAAGCCCGAUGUUUGAGUAAUAACCUUUUGUUAAAACUUGGUUUACUAUCGAAGGACCAUAAGUGAAUUUUGAAGUGAAUGCUAUAUUGUAGUUGGGGUUCCAGAAUUUAAGAUAAUGACGAGCUAUGAGAUGGUGUUUAUUCUC